AUUCAUGCAUUUGCAAAAAAAAAAAUCUUAAAAAACUAUAGAACAUAUACCGACGUCGGCCGGCGCUAGACACGAAAUCAAUGGGCCCAGUUACGGUUACGGCGUGUAGAAUGUUUCUGCUUCUGCGAUGGUUCCCUUCUCCUCUCAAGUCUACGGUUUCGUUUUCUCAAGUCUCAACUAUCCAAAAUUCUUGCAUCGACGACUUUCGACCUGUGACUUGUGACUUGUGAAGAAGCCCGGCCACAAGUACCACGUACGCGGCUUCGAUCAUCUCUCCGUUGUUGGCUUGUUGCCAUUCCGCGCGGGCACGAACAACCUCGUAAAUUCCCCAUGAACUUCUGUGCAGUUUUCCCAGUCAUCUCUUAUUAUCAUCAUAUCAUGCCCUCCGAUCCAUCGGUGAAUUCAACUUGGUUGCCGCGAAAAUCUGUCAACCAUCGCUAGCUAGCUCGGCCAGACGCACCACGCACGCGGGUCGCGGUCGCCAUGGAUUGCUGCCUCCGCGUGUACGGGCUGGCCAUCGCCAACAUGGUGUGCGUCGGCGGCACGGGCUUCCUCGUCUACGCGCUCGUGAAGCUCGCGAGGACGCCGCACAGACACAGCACGGCCGGCAUCGUCGUCGUGUCCAUCUUCCUCGUCUUCUGGCUCGCCCUCAACGCCACCAUCUACCCGGCCUUCUGCGGCUCACUCUUCCCGUGGUCCACGCUGGGGCGGUGCCUGGCGCCGCCGCUCACCGCGGUCCGCUGGCUGCUCUGCUUCCCCUGCAGGUGCGCGCGGCGUCGCCUGAUGCGCGGUGGCGGCGGCGACGACGAGCGCGCCGGCGCCUUGCCGCAGUUCAUUGUGCAGAGUCACCACCAAGCAGGCUACAGCAUCGGCAUCGGCAUCGGCGGCGUGCUUCCACGGGAGCCACCGGCUGGUAGCCGCAGAGCGCGGGGAGUGGCCGCCGCCACGGCCACAGCUGCCGACAUCAUCCCGACGUCGUACGAGCAGCCGGACGGCGGCGACGGCUCGCCGGACUGCGCCGUGUGCCUUGGCGCCGUGGAGAAGGGGGAGAUGGUCAAGCGGCUGCCGGUGUGCCUGCACAAGUUCCACCAGGAGUGCAUUGACCUGUGGCUACGCAACCACUCCACGUGUCCAGUCUGCCGGUGCAACGUAUUCGCACCGCUGCCGGACCAAUUAGUGUGAAUUUGUUCUAGCCAUUUUUUUGUCUCGUCUGCUGCAGCCGAAAUCGACUUAGCUUGUUUAAUUUCUUGAAUCGAUCACGAAAUGCACAGCACCAACACAUGUAAAGAAAAGGUAUGUAUAAAAGAAGAAUUGAUUUUA